CCGUAUCAAUUGACAUCUGCAGCGCUGAAAAGGAUCCAUACAAUGAGCACAGAGUCCAUCUCGCUAACCAUUACCUACCGCGGUGUAACGCACCCAUUAUCCCUGCUACCAGACGAAACAGUGGCAAUGCUACAAGCCCGAUUGGAAGAGCUGACGUCUGUCCCACCCUCUCACCAGAAACUCCUCUUGAAGGGUAAGAAACUGGCAGACGAGAAGGCUACAGUGAGGGAUGCUGGCUUGAAAGAUGGGAUGAAGGUCCAGUUACUCGGGCCAACCGCUGAAGAGAUAGGAGGGUUGAAGAAAACGGAGGAUGAACAACACAGACGUGAUCGCAUACUCCGCGAGAGGGCGAGUAAACCGCAAGCAAAGGUACGCUCGACGGCGUCUCCCUCCAGCGCCGCAUCUUCCACAUAUAAAAUCCACAAAAUCGAGCCCCUUCCACAUCUCCCGAAUCCGGAGUCAGCGAGAGCACUUUUGCAGCGACUGGCGGAAGACCCGGCUAUCCGGCAUGUCAUGCAGAAACACCAAUUUGCGGUUGGCGUCCUCACCGAGUUGGCGCCACACGAGCAUCCGGAGUUGUUGGGGCUCAACGUUAAUGCAGGACAAGCGAUAAAGCUGAGGCUGAGAACGGACCGGUACGAUGGAUUCCGGAACUAUAGAGAAGUGAGAAGGGUAUUGUGCCACGAACUGACGCAUAACGUGCAUGGCGACCAUGAUAAUAACUUCAAGGAGCUGAAUUCAAAACUUAACAAGGAGGUUGCGGAGUACGAGACAUCAGUGAGCCAAGGAACUCACCGUUUGGCGGACGCCUGGGGCGGUAUCUAUGAACCAUCUACUGGUCUCGAAGCAGAGGCCCACGCCCAUGUCCUUGGAGGUGGUGUGGCGAGUGGUCGCGUAGCUUCCGGUGACACACCAGAAGAAAGACGAAGACGGGUGCUGGAAGCUACGAUGCGCCGACUGCAGAAGGAGGAGGAGGAGCUCGAGCAGAGUUGUGGUACUGCUGGCCCGUCCGCAAUGACAUGACCGAUACGAGGUGCUAUCCUAUCCAUUCC